UCAACAUCACUUCAUUACCACUAGAUCAAUAGAUACACCGCAGAAGCUACUCACAAAACUCUCUCUAGCUAUCAAUGGCUGCUCCAAUCGCCAUAGGUACACGAGGAACUAUAGGAUCUCUUGUGCGUAAAGAAAUCGACUACUUCAAAAACUCCAAUACAUGUAAAGAAACUCAGUUCGAUCCACGGAGGGGCAAUUCCACAGCAAACACCAAAAACUCUCAUCAAAGAAGAGAUCUCUCAUCAUCACGGCUAAGUUCUUGGUUCUUUAAAGCCAAUUGGAGAAAGAAGAAGCGGCAGAGUCGUGGUGGAAGUGGCAAGUUGCUGCCAAGUAUGUGUUCGGUUGUGAAGGUUUCCGGUGAGGAUCGAGUUCCCGGUUUCAACUAUAGGAUCUUGAAGAGUGAUCAUGACAAGGGUUUGCGUGUGUAGAGGAGUAAAUUAUUUAUUGUGGAAUUACGGUAAAGAGAUCUUUAUAAACUUUUUAUUUUUUGUAAUAUUCAGAUUUAAAUUCUGUGUGGAUUUGUUACAUUUUAGUAUUUUACAAUGUCAAUGAGCAUAAUAUUCCCGGUUUAAACGCAAUUUCCCUAGGUAUAUCGUUGAAAUGUACAUAUGAAUCCUGUGUGGCAAAAUUCAAACGCCUUAUAACUUUGGGGAAAUGUCGAACAACCUUAGGCUAGUCGAUGACGAUAUAAUCUUUAUGAUUCGAUCCGUGUCAUACAUUUACCAAUAUCCUUACUAUUGAACUAUUUGAACUCAUUGUUUCUAGGGAAAUUGUGGGGCUAAUGUAAUUUAACUUUCUAUAUUUGGUAGCCAUUUUUAGUUCAGAAGGUUCAUUUGAGCUCAUUAAACCUUGAAAAGUUACAGCUUCAUUUUAUUGCAAACUAUCAAAGGACAUAACCUAGCUGCUGUACGAUUAUUAAUUUUACAAUGAAUUUACUUCUCGGUCAUAAUAUUGCCUUUGUAUUCAAUAAAUUUUGUUGAUGUUAAAACCAAAUGUGGGUUGUAUUCUUUGGUCUAAAACUGGUUUGGACGUUCAUUCAACUUGAGUUUGAGAACACACAACUCAAAUUUGUUCUUGAAUUCUGGCUAAUGAUUUUCUUGAAUCUGUGUUUUUGAGUUGGUACGGUUAAUGACUUCCAAUGAAGCUCAAUACAAGAAGAGAAGAACCAUUGCUCCGAUUAAGAGAUCUUAUUAGUGUUGGAUACUUCAUAAUCUUCAUACGUUCAUGUGCAAUACAGAGUUCUCGCUGUCUCUACACAACAAGAUAGAUAAGCCGUAUAGUUUGCGGUGUGGUGGUAUUGAAAACAAUCUCUUGCCUUGGCUGUCUUUGGAAUGCUAAAGAUUUGUCUUGUUCUAAGGAAUUGUGAGGUGGAAAAUGAUGCAGCCACAUGCACAGUCAUAAUCGAAAUCAUUGAAUCUUUGUUUAUUAUAUACUACACUUCUUUCAUUAGCCUCUUUUAUUUCAUUUCCUUUGUCGUAAUUAUUAUCGAAUACUAUUAUGUUUUUUAUAAACUUGAUAGCAAUAAAAAGUGUCCGAACACUUUUGUAA